AUGACAGAGACUCGUGAGCCAGCUGAGACCGGAGGCUAUGCCAGCUUGGAAGACGACGACGAGGACCUCUCUCCAGGCCCUGAGCACUCCUCUAAUUCUGAAUACACACACUCAGAGCCGGACUCCGAAGAGGAAGAAGAAGAGGAGGAGGAGGAAGAGGAGACCACCGACGACCCCGAAUAUGACCCAGGCUACAAAGUGAAGCAGCGCCUGGGAGGGGGCCGCGGGGGCCCCUCCCGCCGGGCUCCCCGCGCAGCCCAGCCCCCCGACCCCCCAGCCCAGCCCUGCCAGCUCUGCGGCCGCUCGUCCCUCGGGGAGGCCCCACCAGGCGCCCCGCCUUGCCGGCUCUGCUGUCCCACCGUGGCCCCCCAGGAAGCACCAGCUCCCGAAGUCAGGGUGCUCGGGGAGGGAGAGGGAGAGCCGCCCCGGGCUGGGGAGGGCCGGCGCCACCCUGCGGGGCAGGAGGAGGAGCUGGACGAGGAUGAGGACGAGGAGGGCACCUACCACUGCACGGAGUGCGAGGAUUCCUUCGACAGCCUCGGGGAGCUGCAUGGGCACUUCAUGCUGCAUGCCCGGGGUGAGGUGUAG